AUGCUACGAAAAGUUCUUGAUCUCAUUUUGACAACGCUGGCAAUCCAGUCGGUCGCCCAAGCACCAUGCGUCGCCGCUGCAAGCCGACACCCGCGAGCACCAGAACUGUCUUACCUCUAUACGGCCUUUGUACAUUGCAAGGGGACGCUCAUGAACGAGGACAGCCCCAGGGGCACUCGGCUGGCUAUCCCAAUCGUCGGAGGCAAUUUCACAGGCCCACGGCUGUCCGGCAAAAUUCUCGACGUCGGCGCCGACUGGGGCAUUGUCGAUCCCAAGACGGGGAUCUUCUCCGCCGAUACGCGGUAUAACCUGCGAACCGACGACGGAGCGGACAUCUUUAUUCAAACAUCGGGGCCGGCGUCUCCGUCGGGACAGUUGCAUCUGCGGCUGCUGUUUGAGACGGGGCAUGAGGACUAUUACUGGCUGAAUAACAUUGUUGCGAUCGGGACUCUGACGACGAUCGAUGCCGGAGAUGAUUCUUCGCUGCUCAGGAUCGAUGCGUGGAACUUUGCGAGCGACUGGAACCAGACUGUUGGCCUGUGA